UAGUCUGUAUCGCUCUUUCUUCCACUGACAGCAUUCCUGGUCUUCCCAUCCUCUGCCAGGUUGCGAAGGCCAGUGUCUCCGCCGCAGGCAAAACUCGUCACGCGAACAAGCCGAGAAGAAUCGCGGGCCAAGAGGAGGCGGAGAAGAGCGUGGUCUCCGCCGCAGGCCGCAGCCAUGUCGGUCCAGGAGUACCUAGAGAAGCACCUACUCCCGCGCAAGAUCGAGGAGGCCGUUAACGCGGCGGUUCGCGCCAAGGCCGACGACCCGGUGCUCUUCAUCUCCACCCACAUGCGGCGGGCAGCGCCGACCGUGAUCACGCGGGUGUGCGCGAGGCAGAUCCUGGACAGCCGCGGCGCCCCUGCGGUCGAGGUCGACCUGCACACCAACAAGGCCGUACACCGCGCCUCCGCAGCUGGGCCGGGCGCUCCCGAGGGCGGGGCGGUCGAUGCCGUCAGGGACGCCGAGAAGCGGAGGCUCCUAGCCAGGGCGGUCGCCGACGCGGUUCUGCUGAUCAACGGCAAGGUGUCGGAGGCGCUCGUGGGGAUGGAUCCGCAGCAGCAGGCCCAGAUCGACCAGGCCAUCAUGGACCUGGACAAGGCACACCACAAGACUGAGAUUGGAGCGAACGCUAUGCUGGCCGUAUCAAUUGCAGCUUGUAAAGCUGGCUCUGCUGAAAAAGAGGUUCCAUUGUACAAGCAUAUAGCAGAUCUUGUUGGUAAAAGUGCUACAACGCUACCUGUCCCUGCAAUCACAGUCAUUAAUGGUGGAACGCAUGCUGGAAAUAGUCUUCCCAUUCAAGAAAUCAUGAUCCUUCCUGUUGGUGCAAAAAACUUUGAGGAAGCAAUGCAGAUGGGUUCAGAGACCUACAAUCAUCUGAAGGAUAUUAUAUGGGAGAAGUAUGGUUCAGACAGUUGCAACAUUGGAGAUGAUGGUGGAUUUGCUCCAAAUAUUUCCAGUAUAACUGAAGGCCUGGAUCUUGUGAUUGCGGCAAUAGAUAGAGCUGGCUUUAAUGGAAGGAUCAAAUUAGCAAUUGAUGUUGCUGCUACAGAUUUUUGUGUAGGAAAGAAAUAUGAUCUUGAGUUCAAGUCUGCAAAGAAAUCGGGGCAGAAUUUCAAAACUGCAGACGAUAUGAUUGAAAUGUAUAGUCAUCUCUGUUCAGAGUACCCACUUGUCUCCAUUGAACAGCCCUUUGACAAAGAUGACUGGGAGCACUCAAAAAAAUUUACCACUCUAGAGCUAUGUCAGGUUGUAGGAGAUGAUUUAUUGAUGUCAGAUCCCGAGCGCAUUAAGCGAGCAGUAAAUGAGUAUACUUGUGAUGCUCUUGCUCUCAAGGCAAAUCAAGUGGGCACUGUCACUGAGGCCAUAGAGGUUGUGAAACAGGCAAAGGAUGCUCACUGGGGUGUGGUAGUGUCUUAUAGAUCUGGGGACACCGAAGAUUCUUUCAUCUCUGACCUGGCUGUUGGUGCUGCGGCUGGACAGAUCAAAGCAGGUGCCCCCUGCCGUGGAGAGUGCAUCACUAAGUACAAUCAGCUGCUUAGAAUAGAGGAAGAACUUGGAAGUGAAGGUGUUUAUGCAGGGGAAAACUGGAGAACUACUACUGCGAGCUGACGUGCGGCUUACCUGGAGUUCAUGUGGUGCCGGGUGUGUUUGUUCUGUGUUGGCAAAGGCACGGAAACAGGUUAGCUUAGCAAACCGUGGAGACACCGUCAUGUAUCUUUCAGGGCCACAUUGGUGUCUUAGAUGUAGUUGUUGAACGCCUGGGGCCUUACUUGUGAUGUUCAACUUGGUUUUUCCUUUUCCAUAUGGUACGGAAGGAUCGUGGUGAACUUGAGGAAGUGUUUAAAGCAAUAGAGUUUUUCGUUUCUACUGUACGAUACACCUAA